AUGAAUUGGGUAAAUGAUAGCAUCAUACAGGAGUUUAUUCUGCUAGGUUUCUCAGAUCGACCUUGGCUGGAGUUUCCACUCUUUGUGGUCUUCUUGAUUUCUUACAUUGUGACCAUCUUUGGCAAUCUGACCAUUAUUCUAGUGUCACGCCUGGACUCCAAACUUCAUACCCCCAUGUAUUUUUUUCUUACCAAUCUAUCACUCCUGGAUCUUUGUUACACCACAUGUAUAGUCCCACAAAUGCUAGUAAAUUUAUGCAGCAUCAGGAAAGUAAUCAGUUAUCGUGGCUGUGUAGCCCAGCUUUUCAUAUUUCUGGUCUUGGGGGCUACUGAAUAUCUUCUCCUGGCCGUCAUGUCCUUUGAUAGGUUUGUAGCUAUUUGUCGGCCUCUCCAUUACUCAGUUAUCAUGCACCAGAGACUCUGCCUCCAGUUGGCAGCUGCAUCCUGGGUUACUGGUUUUAGUAACUCAGUGUGGUUGUCUACCCUGACUCUCCAGCUGCCACUCUGUGACCCCUAUGUGAUAGAUCACUUUCUCUGUGAAGUCCCUGCACUGCUCAAGUUAUCUUGUGUUGAGACAACAGCAAAUGAGGCUGAACUAUUCCUUGUCAGUGUGCUCUUCCAUCUAAUACCCCUGACACUCAUCCUUAUAUCAUAUGCUUUUAUUGUCCGAGCAGUAUUGAGGAUACAGUCUGCUGAAGGUCGACAAAAAGCAUUUGGGACAUGUGGUUCCCAUCUAAUUGUGGUGUCUCUUUUUUAUGGUACAGCCGUCUCUGUGUACCUGCAACCACCUUCGCCCAGCUCCAAGGACCGAGGAAAGAUGGUUUCUCUCUUCUAUGGAAUCAUUGCACCCAUGCUGAAUCCCCUUAUAUAUACACUUAGGAACAAGGAGGUAAAGGAAGCCUUUAAAAGACAGAGUCUCACUCUGUUGCCCAGGCUGGAGUACAGUGGCACAAUCUCAGCUCACUGCAAGCUCUGCCUCCUGAGUUCAAGCGAUUCUCCUGCCUCAGCCUCCCGAGUAGCUGGAAUUACAGGCACCCGCCACCAGGCCUGGAUAAUUUUUGUGUUUAGCCAUGUUGGCCAGGCUGGUCUCAAACUCCUGACCUCAAGUGAUCUGCCUGCCUCUGCUUCCCAAAGUGCUGGGAUUACAGACGUGAGCCACUGCACCCAGCCACUAUGUUUUCCAAAGCAGCUACUCUAUUUUAAUUCCCACCAACAACGUAAGAGGAUACUAAGUUUCCACUUUAUUGAAAACACUUUGGUAUUGCCAUUUUUCUUUAUUAUUGACACCCUGUUGGUUGCAAAGCAGUUAUCUUGUGGUUUUGUUUUUAUUUCCCUAAUGACUAGGGAUAUUGAACAUCUUUUCAUGUGUUUAUUGGCCAUUUGUAUAUCUUCUUUGGAAAAAUGUGUAGUCAAAUCAUUUGCCCACUUUUUAAGUUGAGUUAUUUGUCUUUUUAUUAUUGAGAUAUAGAAGUUCUUUACAUAUUCUGGGUACAAGUACUUUGUUGGAGAUAUAAUUUGCAAAGAUAUUCCCCUAUUCUGUAUUUUCAAUUUCUUGAUGGUGUUCCUUGAAGCACAAAGUUUUUAAAUUUUGAUGAAGCCCAAUUUAAGUAUUAAGAAACCACUGUGUAAAUGAAGACCAUAAAAAUUUUUACCUGGGUUUUCUUCUAGGGUCUUAUAGUUCAGCCUCUACAUACAUUUAGGUCUAUGAGCCAUUUUGAGUUAAUUUUUAUGUAUGGUGUGAGGAAGGAGUCCAACAUCAUCUUUUUAGAUGUGCAUACCUAUUUGAUGCUUGUCCCAGCAUCAUUUGUUGAACUGACUAUUAUUUCCUCAAUAAAUUAUCUUGGCACCCUUGUCAAAAAUCCAUUGACCAUAAAUCUGAAAAUUUCUGGACUCUCAAUUUAUUCCAUUGAUCCAUAUGUUUACUUUUAUGCCUGUACCGUGCUUUCUUUAUAACUGUAGUUUUGUAGUAAGUUUGGAAAUUAGGAAGUGUGAGUCCUUCAACUUUGUCCUUCAUUAUUAACAUUGCUUUGACUAUUUUGUGUCUCUUGCAUUUCUAUAUUAGUUUUAAGAUCAGCUUGUUGAUUUCUGC